AUGAUUGACAUGCUGGCCAUUGGCAACGCGGAGAUAUGGGAUAACUCUCCAAAGCAACUAUCUCUAUCUCCUAGUCAUAUUUCUACUUCUUCUCCCUCCUCCCAAGUGAACUCAGAUAUUCUUCAGAAGCAAACAUCGAUUGCGUCGAGUGAUUGGUACUACUUCUUUGACUCACCCACAACAACAUCUUACUCUCAUUCACUGCAUUGCCACACCCCACAAUCUCAAACACCAGAACAACAACAGACUCCUGGAAACAUGAUGAGCUCCCAAGGGUUGACAAACCAAAAAGCUCUUCAUUCUAGAGAAGACCACAUCGAUAUGCCUCGCAAGGCAGAGAGCCAUGCGGCUUCGUUUGGUCAGAAUUUGCCUUACUUCAUGCCUCAACUUGACUUGAAAGUGGCACUUUCUAGCAACGGAAGCACAUGCGAAUCUGACAUUGAGUCUCUUGAUCCCUUCGAAGAGCCAUAUGCUACUCAUACAGUAGGGGAGAAUUGUUGUCUUGCCCAUCCAGUCCCAAGGAGCAGCGUGUAUGCUACUGGAAACAACAUCACUUUCCUCUCGAGCAGUGACGAAGCAUACCCAUUAUCCAAGAUCGAAACCCAGGACGGCCAUCUGGACAACUCGGUCUUUCUACACUACCCAAAUCAAUCGUCAAGUGCAUGUCAUGACAACGCGCUUGGGCCUUUGGACCACUUCCACCACGCGCAUAAUAUGGCGUCCUCUAGCCUCGUGGACGCGAAGUUUCCCCCCUGCGAUGACAGUCUGGCCUGGUAUGCUUGGAACACUAGUGCAUCGAACUACGCUUGGCUCUCAAGUCACAACGUUGGAGACAUGACAUACGGAAGCGACUGCCGCAGCCCGGCCUUGCACAAUGUCCCUUGGGUGAAUACAAGCAAUCUCUAUCGAGCGAAGGGAAUAUGCGAGCCCUCAAUUCACCCCACCGGGCCAAGCACCGGAUUGGCCGGGACUCCAUCAAGUCAUUCAUACCACGCCAUGGUAUCGCCUUCACCCAUCCAUCAUCAAUCGCGUUCCCCAAGCUCCACAUUUGAGACUGCUUCAGUUCAAACCUGUCCAAAGGCUCGCUUCCCAAUGCAGCCCACAUACAUCUCCAGUCCUCACAAUGUCUACUCCGACACAGACACAGGAUCUGUUUCGCCCAGCCAAAAGCUACCCGGAAGCUUGAGUCCGUCUUCCUUCACUGCAUCAUCCACCACCGAAGAGGGACCAUCUCCCCAGCAAAUCAGGGACGACCAGGCUGGAAUUCGAGCAAACAUGCAUUACAGUGAUGAGCGCAACGCAUUCUUGAUAGAUUGCAAGCGCCGCGGUCUGUCAUACAAGGACAUCAAACGAGUUGGCGGGUUCAAAGAAGCAGAGUCUACCCUCCGUGGACGAUACCGCACUCUCACCAAAUCCAAGGAUCAACGGGUCCGAAAGCCGAAAUGGCAAAACAAGGAUGUCCACCUUCUUUGCGAGGCUGUCAGCAUUUACACCGAGACAACAGACUACGGCUCUCUAACCCACAUGGGAAUGACCAUCAACGAACCACCAAAGGUUUCAUGGAAGAAGGUCGCGGAACACAUCUGGAAUAAGGGAGGCUCUUAUCAAUUCGGGAAUGCGACUUGCAAGAAGAAGUGGUGCGAGAUCCAUGAUAUUCGAAUUUGA